GCCAAAACCCAAUAGACAGGGAGUGCUCCACGUCCCUGUCUCUACCAACAAAGUCACUCGCAUCCCCAAUUCCCUCUCAGCUCACAACCUCUCCUCCAUCCUCGCAUCCAUAUCAACACCAGCAAAGGAAGCUUCCCAUCUUCCCACCUGCACUCUGCACUCUGCAGAUUACUCAUGCCCUGAAUCCUGUGACGGUUCAUAAAGAUUCCAUUUUUAUCGAUCAACCUUGUUUCAGUUGAAAGGCGUGAUAUUCGGUGCUACUUCGGUUUAAAAUUGGAUCAUACGCCUUUCAGCAGCAUGAUCCAGGACAUGAAGGGUGAGAUCGGCGCCAUCUCCCGGCGCGGCCUGUGGUGCCGGUCGCACAGGCCGGGGCGCGUCCGGCGAGUGGCGGCGAUGGGGCUGGACGAGGCGGCGCUGCGGCAGAGCUGCUGGGCGCAGCUCCCGCUGGAGCUCCUGCGGGAGGUUCUAGCGAGGGUCGAGGAGGCAGAGGCGCGGUGGCCGGGCCGCCGGGACGUGGUGGCGUGCGCCGGAGUCUGCCGGAGCUGGAGGGGCGUCGUGAAGGAGAUCGUGCUCACCCCCGAGGCGUCAGGGAAGCUCACCUUCCCCAUCUCUCUCAAGCAGCCUGGCCCAAGGGAUGCCCCUCUUAAAUGUUUCAUUAGGAGGAACCGGACUACUCGGUCAUAUUAUCUCUGCAUUGGACUCACUGAUGGUAUGGGUUUUUUUUCCCAAGCAGGCCUCUUGGGCAUGUACAGUGUGAAUGUAUUCAUUGUUGAUGGAAUUUGUUUUUCUGCAGCAUUAGCUGAUGAUGGGAAAUUCCUACUUGCUGCACGCAAAUAUCGUAGGCCCACAUGCUCUGAAUACCUAAUUUCUCUUGAUGUGAGCGAUAUGUCAAGGGGGAAUGGUACCUAUAUUGGCAAGCUAAGAUCAAACUUCUUGGGAACAAAAUUUACUGCCUAUGAUGCUCAUCCACCUUGUGCUGGAGAUGUGAUUUCAAAGGGUUCGUCUGCACACAUGAUCAGUUCAGCUCAAGUUUCUCCCAGGGUGCCUGCUCGGAAUUAUCCAGUUUCGCACAUUUCUUACGAUUUGAAUGUCUUAGGUUCUAGAGGGCCAAGAAAGAUGCAGUGUGUUAUGGAUUCUAUCCCUGUAUCAGCAAUCGAAGAAGGAGGGACUGCUCCCACGCAGACUGAAUUUCCAUCUAGUGACAACUCUUUUGCAUCAGUUCCAUUCUUCAGAUCCAAAUCCGGUCGAUUGGGUAGUUCAGCUGCUCAAUUAGCCACUCAGAAUGAAGAUAAGAUGGUGCUGAAGAACAAGUCUCCCAGGUGGCAUGAACAACUUCAGUGCUGGUGCCUCAAUUUCCAUGGGCGGGUAACAGUUGCAUCAGUAAAAAACUUUCAGUUGGUGGCUUCAGAUGAUAGUGAUCCAACUAACCAGGAGCAUGAUGACGUGAUACUCCAGUUUGGCAAGAUAGGGAAGGACUUAUUCACCAUGGACUACCGUUAUCCGAUAUCAGCAUUUCAGGCAUUUACCAUCUGCCUGAGCAGCUUUGAUACCAAAAUAGCUUGCGAAUGAGUCAAGGCACUGCAUGAUCGGAGCAUAUAGUUAGAAAGACAGCAAGACUACUCCGUGCUGCGGUUUAAGAGAGUUCAGUUAUCAUAGAGCUUGAUACUUCUGUUUAAUAAUGUCAUGGUGUAAAUAACAAUCUAUCUGAUCUUGGUUUGAUUUUCUCCCCAAAGAAAGACAAAUUCUUUAUGACUGUUGGUAGAUCAGCAAUUUACAGUGUUCUCAAGUAUUAUUAAUAUCAAAGUUCAUAUAAUUAUUGUU